AUGGAUUUUACACGCUUCAUACGGGGCUCUACGCCCAGCUCUACCACAGCGAAUGCCACUCAUGAGGCCAACAACUCGGCCGAAGGCAGCCUUCCUCGCGACCUGCUCGAUACGCUCUCGCCCCUGCUUGGGUUUCAGUUCAACCCCUUGAUGAAGUUGUUCAUGAUUCUCUACGAGCUCGUUGGCAACAGGCUCGGCAUCGAUCCCACGUAUAUUCUGACGGCGAUCGGUUUGUUCUGGGCUGCGAGCAAGCUCUGGGACCAGCUAUACACGGCCUUCUACGCACUGGUUCGACGGCAUUUCAUGUCCAGUAUCGAAGUCAGCAGUUCGGACGACAUCUAUCUUCACUUGAUGAAGUGGCUCGCUGCUCAGCCUGUGAUGGUCAACUCUCGCUUGCUGUUCGCCGAGACGGCAUCCGUAGGCGCUUGGGAAGAACAGGACGACUUCGAUGCUAUGAACCCGCGGGCUAUUACGCAAAACCCCAGCGGCUUCCUAAACUUCUCGAGCGAGGAGGCCAAGGCCCCCCCUCGCUUCACGCCCGCUCUGGGAACGCACAACUUCUGGUUCAAGGGCCGAUAUUUCGGGCUGUCCAGGAGGAAGGAGUCGCUUUUUGACCCGAGUGGUGGCACUCACAAUAAACCCCAGUACAAGGACAAGGAGAAACUUGUGCUCACCUGCUUUGGCCGGUCUCCCGAACCCAUCAAGCGGCUGCUGAAGCACGCUAAGGAGCAUUACUACCUCGACCACGACGCCAAAACCAUCGUCAGGCGCCCAUCACAACAAUCUGUGCGCCGCUACAGCCACGGUCCAAUGUGGCAGACGGUCGCUGACCGCCCGGUUCGCCCCAUGCAGACGGUCGUUCUUGACGACGAGCAGAAAGCCCGGGUCCUUCUAGACAUGAACGAGUACCUCCACCCGGCCACGCCACGGUGGUAUGCGAACCGCGGUAUCCCCCUACGCCGCGGCUACCUGUUCUACGGGCCGCCCGGGACUGGCAAGACGUCGCUCUCUUUUGCUCUUGCUGGCGUCUUUGGUCUAGACAUUUACGUGAUUUCACUGUUUGACCCCGGCCUGAAUGAGGAGGAUCUCCUAGCCCUCUUCACAUCGCUCCCGAGGCGCUGUGUGGUGCUGCUUGAGGACAUCGACGCGGCCGGCUUGCGACGGUCGGAAAACAAUGAGUUCUCAUCCCCCUCCUCCUCUGCAGAGACGAAGGAGCAGAAUUCGGAACAGGAGCAGAAGGAUAAGGACAAGGACCAGGACAAGGACAAGGCUCAGGGAACGACUCAGAAACCCAAGAAAAAAACGGACUGGGAAGUUACCGACCUCGCCCGCGAGCUCAGGCGGGUCAGUUAUGCCGCGCACUUCGACAAAAAGGGCAUCACACUCUCCGGUCUCCUCAACGCCAUCGACGGCGUGGCCUCCCAUGAGGGUCGCGUGCUCAUCAUGACCACUAACAAGCCCGAGACCCUAGACGAAGCCCUCAUCCGGCCCGGGCGCAUCGAUCUGCAGAUCGGCUUCUCCGCUGCCACGCAGGCGCAAGCCCGCGAGCUUUUUGUGCGCAUGUACGAGUCCGAAGACGCAGUCGCGAGCCCGCCUCCCAAGUUUGCCGAGUUCUCUCUCAAAGACCACCUCUCAUCGUCGCCUCUAUUGCCGGUAACCCCUUUCUCCGAGCUUCCGCCGACGCCUUGUUCUCUCUCAUCUGACAAGGACGGCAACAUGACGGAUGUCUCGGGCGUGACAGAAGUUGAGGCCGACGACGAAGACGAUGAGGGCAACGAUAGCAACAACAAGAAUGAUGACCUGGAUGAUGUCCCCAAGUCGCCCGCUUCCAACCCUAGCACCAAAAGCACAGGCUCGACUGUCACGGGCAAGAAGCCCAGCCCCUUGUUUCUCCGCAACAACAACAACACCAGGAAGCUCAAUGGCAGUACCGCCUUCAACAUCGACAACAAACCCAUGACCCACGUCGAACUCCUCCAUCUUGCCGACCAAUUCGGCUCUCGCGUCCCUGCAGGUCAGUUCUCGCCUGCUGAGCUGCAAGGCUUUUUGCUCAUGCGCAAGAAGACACCGCGCCGCGCUCUGGCUGAGAUCGAUGCGUGGGUGCAGGGUGUGCUUAGGCAGCGGGCGGGAGGGUCGAAGGUGUUGAGCUUGUCGGUGCAGUGA